AUGCUUUCCCGCCGCCGGUUCAGUCGCCGCUUAAUUGCUAUUGCGACCGCCAUUGCGCUCUUCUUCCUCUAUCACAUUUCCUCUCUCUCCGAUCACAGUAGCUCAUGGCCACCUCACUUCUCAACGACCGAAACAAUCCCCGACCUCGAUGAGAAUGGCGAACCCGUCCCAUUCUGUCCGCCAUUACCAGGCAUCGAAAAUAUACUCGUGGUCAUGAAGACCGGAGUGACGGAAUCGAAAGAGAAAGUCCCCGUGCACUUCAAAUCCACUCUCCGCUGCAUCCCCCACUACGUGAUCUACUCCGACUUCGCCGAAGAAAUCGAAGGCGUCCAAAUCCACGAUGUCCUCCAAAACAUGGACAGCGCCGCAAAGAGGAACCCGGACUUCGACUUCUACCACCGCAUCGUGAAAUACGGCCGUAAAGGUCUCGAGCAGCAAGAUUUCGCCGACGAGGCCAAUUCAGCCAUCGGAAAACCCAACAAUCCCGGCUGGAAGCUGGACAAAUGGAAGUUCUUGCCGAUGGCGCAAGAAGCGCUGCGCUACAAGCCCGAUGCGAAAUGGUUCGUCUUCGUCGAAGCCGAUACCUAUCUGUCGUGGCCGACGGUCCUGAGCUGGCUGGCCCGGUUCGACCACACAAAGCCUCACUACCUAGGCACGGAGACGCAGAUUGCGGACGUUAUCUUCGCCCACGGCGGUUCGGGCUUCGUGCUCUCCAAUUCUGCUCUGCAGCGCGCGUCUGACGAGUACUCCGCCCGCGAAGUCGAGCUGAAUCUCUACACCGACCAGCACUGGGCAGGUGACUGUGUUCUGGGCAAGGUCCUCAGCGACGCAGGCGUCAAUCUGCACUUCACAUGGCCGAUUCUCCAGAACUCCAACAUCGGCGAGCUGGACGAGUUCACCACCGAGUUCUACCGACACCCGUGGUGUUUCAUCGCCGCCUCCAUGCACCACCUCUCACCAACUGAAAUUGAGAAUCUUUGGAAAUUCGAACAAAAGCGCUGGCGUAAUAAAAACAAACGCAUCCUCCUCCACAGUGACCUCUUCCGCGAAUACAUUUACCAAGAAAUCGCCACCCAACCCACCCGUCUAAGCUGGAACAACCUAGCCAGCGACGAACAACCCUUCGCCCACUCCUUCGACGACUGCCGCACAAUCUGCGAAGCCCAAAAAACCUGCGUGCAAUUCUCCUUCCGCGCAGACACCUGCUGGACAAGCUCCAGCCCCCGUCUCGGAAAGCUCGUCUCCGAUAAAGACGCCACAUCUGGCUGGAUCAUCCCGCGGAUCCGCUCUCUGACCGAGUCAAAGGGUGUAUGCCGGAAGCCCGAUUACGGCGAUUGA